AUGGAAAAUUCGUUGAAUAGCAAAAGAGUCAAAUCGGAGAAGCUUAAAAUAGAUAUGGUCCGAGGCCAAAUAGAAGAAUACACCAAUCUUCUCAAGCUCCAACAUGUAAAUGUCGAUGAGCUGAUGGAAAAGAUAGCGUCUGGAUGGUGCGAAGACAUGACCAGAAAGGAAAUUGUAGAUUACUGUAGUGAAACCGCAGCCUCGAUGAUCACCAAACAUCCUGAGUAUGGAUGGAUCUCGUCCCGAAUCAUUGUCUCAUAUAUCCACGAUAUCACCAUGGAUUCUUUUGUUGAAAAGAUCAAAUACAUACAAAAGUACCAGGGAACGAUUUCUGAAGAGAUGUACAAGAUAAUAGUGGAGAAUGCAGAAAUAAUUGAUUCGAUUAUAGACUACGAAAAAGAUUUCCUUUUCAACUACUUUGGAAUACUUACCUUGAUGAAAUCUUAUCUGAUAAAGGUGGGGGAGGAGAUUGUUGAAAGACCCCAGGAUGUAUUUAUGAGGACAGCCCUUCAAGUCCAUAAGUCUGACUUUGGGAAGGUCAAGGAGACAUAUGAAAUGCUGUCAAGACACUACUUUACCCAUGCAACACCGACCUUGUACAAUUCAUGUCUCAAGGAAGCACAAUUGGCCAGCUGUUUUCUCAUAACACCUCGGGAAGAUUCGAUUGAGGGGGUAUACCACAUGAUCAACCAAACGGCAAUUAUAACUAAGUACUCUGGGGGCAUAGGACUCAAUCUUCAUGGGAUUAGGUCGAAGGGAAGCCCUCUGAAAAGAACUGGGGGAAAGAGUAAUGGAAUCAUUCCGCUGAUCCAGGUUUUGAAUGCCACAAAGAGAUACAUCAAUCAGGGUGCCGAAAGAAGACCCGGGUCGAUAGCCAUUUAUCUUGAGCCUUGGCAUAUGGAGAUAUUUGACUUUCUGGACCUUAGGAAGAACACAGGCCCUGAGGAAUUCCGGGCAAGGGACAUCUUCAUUGCACUAUGGAUCAACGAUCUAUUUAUGGAAAGGGUCAAGAACAAUGAGGAAUGGUCGUUGUUUUGCCCUAGCCAGGCUGUUGGGCUGAAUGAGACAUGGGGAGAGGAGUUCAAUGCCUUGUACUGCAAGUACGAGAAGACAAUCAGCAGGACGGUGGUUCCUGCGCAAAAGUUGUGGAAGGCCAUAAUCGAGGCGCAGAUCGAAACCGGAACACCUUACAUGUGUUAUAAGGAUGCAUGCAACAGACUUAGCAAUCAGCAGCAUCUUGGAACUAUUAAAUCAUCGAACCUUUGUGCAGAGAUAGUUGAAUAUUCCUCUGGAGAAGAGACCUCGGUGUGUAAUCUUGGAUCUAUUUCUCUUCCUAUGUUUGUCAAGAACAAGAAGUUUGACUUUGAAUCUCUUAAAGACGUGGUCCGGAUACUUACAAUCAACCUCAACAAGGUGAUCGACUUCAACUACUAUCCUGUGGAAGAGUCCAAGAGAUCGAAUAUGAAGCACCGGCCGAUCGGAAUAGGAGUGCAGGGUCUAGCAGAUUUGUUUGCAAUUCUAAGGCUUCCGUUUGAUAGCGAUGAGGCCCGUAAUCUGAACAAAGACAUCUUUGAGACGAUGUACUAUUCGGCACUGGAGACCUCGUGCAAGUUGGCCGAGAAAGAGGGGCCGUUUGAGUCAUAUGAAGGAUCUCCCAUAAGUAAAGGGAUCUUUCACUUUGAGCUGGCAGGCAAGAAGGCUUCCAACAACUGGGACUGGGAAGGGCUUCGGGAAAGAAUUAAGAAGUAUGGAACCCGGAAUAGCCUUCUGAUUGCGCUAAUGCCGACUGCAGGAACGUCGCAGAUCUUUGGAAACAACGAGACAUUUGAGCCGUUCAUAUCGAACAUAUAUACCAGGAGAACACAUGCUGGGGAAUUUCAGAUUGUUAAUAAACAUCUGAUUAACGAUCUUUCCGAGCUGGGGCUGUGGUCAUAUGAGAUGAAGAACCUGAUUAUUGAAAACGAAGGAUCUAUCCAGAACAUCACAACGAUUCCAAAAAAGAUCAGAGACAUAUACAAGACAGCAUGGGAAAUAAAGAUGAAGGCUGUGAUAGACCUGGCGGCGGAUAGACAGGUGUUUGUUGACCAAUCGCAGUCUUUGAACGUCUUUGUGGCAAAGCCGACCUACUCACAGCUCACAUCGAUGCACUUCUACGGAUAUCAUUGCGGUCUGAAGACGGGAAUGUACUAUUUGAGAACAAGGCCGAUAACAUCUGCAAUCAAGUUUACAGUGGACAAGAAGCUUGCAGAGAAAACCUUAUCCUCCAUGAAUGAUACGGACGAGCCCUGUUCGAUGUGCUCCUCUUGA